UGUCAGAUGGACGUACCGUAAUGUGAGACGGGCCUGAACUACUUCCUCGCUUUAUUCCUUACACCUACCCAGACAACCUGCAGUCGGGCUGCACAAUCUUUUCACCUCUCGUCCCCGCUUCUCAGUUCCUCUUCAUGUGAAGAAGACAUUCAGUCUAAAGAGAACAGCAAGAAAGACUUGCCGGGCACUCUCUCUGGGAGGCGACGGGGACAACGAGGUGGGGGAAUUUGACUUUAUAACAUCCUUUAGCCUUGGUGUUGUCAACCCAGUGGAAUUUUGAUUGGUCCCUCCACACUAGCAGGACACCGUGUCUCCAUCUUACUGGGCUCAUCUACAUUCAUUGGAGACACCUGAAACAUGGCAGAAGUCCAGAAAAAAACCUCAACCAUGUCUCUAACAAUCUCCUCAUGCUCACGAGAGACGUCGUCUUCAUCUUCAUCAUCCUCUUCAUCCACUACAGUGCUUCAGCAGAGACACUCCAGUUUAGUACAUCCCGUCUGCAUCAGCCCUCAGAUGGUUCAGAGCUCAGCACAGUGUUCUGGAAAUACUGGAGUGUCUCCAACAUUUGUGAAGUGUCUGCACGAUGUGAGCACAGUAAAGGGUCAGCUGGUGGUUCUGGAGUGCCGGAUCCGAGGAACUCCUCCACUCCACGUGUCCUGGUACAGAGAAGAUCAACAAAUCAUCGACUCGGCAGACUUUCGUAUUCUUAGAAAGAAGGCAAGUUCAGCUUCUGUUCCCGAGGAAUUGUGCACCUUGGUCAUUACAGAGGCGUAUCCUGAAGAUUCUGGGAUGUUUCAAUGUACAGCAUCAAAUCAUUAUGGAUCCGUGUCAUGCAGUGCCAUGCUUGAAGUCUAUACAGAUCUAGAAGAAGUUUUGGGAGAUGAAGAUGUAAGCUCAGCUGGACUUGAGCAGGAUGAUCUUGCCUUCAUCCCUCCUCCUCCCGAAUGGCCCGACAGUUCUGAGGAAGAGAGCACAACUCCAUUGGCAGGGGUGCUGGAGCCUGCCAUUGAAAAAGUUACCACAUCCCUCACCAUCCCAGAGAGCGGAUCUACCAGUCAACUGUCUGCAGAAACAACAGCGGUCGAAUUGACUCCCAAACAUCCUCCGCCAUCAAAAGAAGUCAAGAACAGUGUCCCACAUCCAUUCCUCCCUGCCAGCAAGCUGAGUAAACCGGUGGAACCCAGGGGCAGUGCCAUUAACAUGGCUGACCUGCCCACCUUCUCGCCAACACUUUACCCCCCCAGCGCCUUCAAUUACGAGCGGCCCCGUCAUUUCAUCCAGUCCCAGCCCAGUUUCCACACACCCAACAAUGACAUCAAUAAACCAAACCAUCUCAGCUCACCAACUGCCACCGCGGCACCGUCGGUGACCCCCGCUCAGCCGGCACCCACCCAUACGUCGAUGUGCUCCAGCGUGACUAUAAUUCCUAAAGUACAGAAUACUCCAAAUAGUGAGAAAUUAUCGUCAGCAGCAUUUCUAUCAUCCGUUCUACCUUCUCUAGCAAGCGCUCAGCCCAAAUGCAUUUCCGUACCUCAAUCUUCAUCUCCCAGGCGUUCUCCCAUGUCGCUCAGUCCACCGCCAAAAAUACAAGAACAACCUCCGCCUCCUCGGAGCCAGUUAGUGAAUCACACUUCUUCAAGCGCCUCAUCCUGGACAUCUCCAGAUAUCCUGAAAACAACUGCCUCGCCUCUGCAAUCCCCACCGGUGUCUCACGUUAACUACACACCCAACACUUUGCCAAAGCCCAUCUUGAAGAAGACUGUUUCCAGACCAGAGUCUUGUGCCACAGAUGAACAGAUCCAGGGCUCAAAAGACGCUCUUAUUCAAGACCUGGAGAAGAAGCUUAGAAACAAGGUUCCUCAACACAGGAACAUUCAGCAGAAGAUGUCCUAUGAGGAACGCAUGGCCAGAAGGUUGCUGGGUCCAGACAGCGCCGCCUCUGCCUUUGAUCUCGACAACGCUUUCAGUUUUGAACAGCCAGGCUCUCCAGAAGGUCACCACCCUGGAGGAAUAUGGUCAAGAAAGCAUCAUUCAGGAGGGGACUGCACAGAGGUCUCCACCAUCCAGGAGAAGUGUUUUGCUCCUCGCUUUAUUCUGGUGCCUCAGGAUCUCACGGUGGAAGAGGGUCGAUUCUGCAGGAUUGAUUUCAAGGUUGUGGGUUUGCCAACCCCUGAUAUUUCCUGGUAUUUGGAUGGGAAACCUAUCCGGCCGGAUGAUUAUCAUAAGAUGCUGGUGUGUGAGAAGAGCGUUCACUCCUUCAUCAUUGAGAUCGUGACCGUUCAUCAUGUAGGCGUUUAUGAAUGUGUAGCAAAGAACCGUGCUGGAGAGAGUCGCUUCUCGCUGCGUUUGGAUGUCAUCGCUCAGGAACAGUUGUGUCCUCCUACAUUUGUGGUGAAGAUGAGAAACUCACGGGCUCUGGAGGGAGAUACGGUGAGGUUGGAGUGUAAGGUGACCGCAUCUCCAGCCCCUCAGAUCUACUGGAAGAAAGAUAAAGAAAUGCUGCGCGUCGACCCCAUGAGAAUGAGUCUUUCUCAGGAGGGUUCAGGAACGCAGUGUCUGCUCAUUGAUCCUGUGGUUAAAUCUGAUGCAGGCUGGUACACUGUAUCUGCCAUCAAUGAAGCGGGCAUGUCCACCUGCAACGCCAGACUAGACGUGGGCUCUCGCUUGAAUAAAACGGCCCCCCCGCCCAAGCCAGUGAAAAUGCUUCCCAUGAUCAGCCAGUUUUCUACUCUGAGCACAGACGCUCAUCCCCGUCAUACUGCCCCUCUGUAUGAGAGUGAGGAACUAUAAACACACGUGACAUAAAUCCUCACAACAGAUCAUUUCUUCAUCACGUGAGUUUGUUGUCAAUCUACCGAAGCAGUAAAACUAUACACCAGUUCAACUGUACCUUACUGCUUCUAAUAUAAAGCUUUGCAUUCAUUAGCAUUGAAUGAUGCUUUGACUGCUUUAUACAGCUGUAAUUUGUGUUAAUGAUGCAAUAUUUCUGUGAAACUGUCAUGGGGAAGCUGUAUGUGAUGUGUGCAAAAGUCAAUUAUUAUUAUUAUUCUGUUACACAUUUCUGAAAUGAUUGUUGUUAUUAUUAUCCCUGGAGUUGCUAUCAUGACAAAGGGUUUGGAAAUAUGUAUCGAUUGCAGUCCGUUGCAUUAUCAUUUGUGUAUUAUAUACAGUAUAUAUAUGAAACAUGAGUAUUUGAGUCAACUUUUUUGUGACUAUACUACAGUUGUAUAACUAUUGUCUCGGCAUGAUAUACUCUUACAAACAGAGUGCGUUACGGUCGGUUUGUACAAUUUUCUUCGCUUGCUGCACUUUAAAAAUUGUAGCUGUGC